UGAAAAUUCCUAAUUUAAACUGCCUUGAUAUAUCCUGAUCAUAGUUUACAAUAGGAAAAUGUGGUCUUAUGACUCCAAGAAAUAAUAUCUGUUAGAAAGAGUAGGCAGAGAGUAGAGUAGGGGUCUCAAACUAAAAUCUUCUGGGACUGGGUUCCUGCAACUUUAUGUCUCAACUUCAACACACCUGACUCAAAUAAUGACCUAAUUAGUAGGACUCUGUUGAGCUUGACUGCAUGCAAAGGAGGGAAUGUUGUCAUUUGAUUGAGAUGAGUAGGACCAGGGACACUUUUAAAAGUUGCAGCAACCCGGUCCACAAGGACCAGGGAUCGUGACCUUUUAGUUUGUUAGUCUGUCAUAUUUCACAAGAGUCAACUGGAUCAGAACCAGAAUAAGUGGAACUUGGGUGCAAAAUUUUCGGAUAAAAAAAAAAAAAAGGAAUAACAAAAAAGUGUAGUUAUGCUUAAGGUGGCAGCGUAUCACAGCAGUGUUGAAGUGUGAGCUGAACCAUGGAGCUGUAUUUGAGGCUGACCACUAGCAGAGACAGCAGUCGUUCAUUCUACAGCAGAACAACCAGAACUGACUUAGGGAGGCCCCACAACAUGCAGCUGGGUCCUCAGUAAGGACAAGUGGACCUGGUCCUCUUCUUUUCACCUGGGGCCAGAGCUGCAGAAUGCUCAGUCCUGCCACCCCAUACAGUCUGUUGAAGAUGCACUGGUCUCCGGAGCACGCCGCCCCUUUAUCUCAGUGGCCUGAGCAGCACCUAGAUGUAACGUCCACCACCUCCCCCCAGUCUGCCCACAAACAAGACCCCUACAGUACUGCUGCCCGGCGCACCUAUGCCCCUGCUGGGUAUCCUUGGGCCAGUGACGACAUAUCUGCUCUUACGGCUUCUUCGCUCCUCAAACGAUAUGCUGAGAAGUACUCAGGACUGGAACUGUCAUAUGAACGCACUGCUACAGGUGCCUACUCUGAGUCUGGAAGUUUCCUAAAAACUGAAUCAGAGCCCUGGGCUCUGAGUCAAGGCAUGGAUUGUUACCCCGGACUUGAGGCACUAACUGGCUCCAAGGUGGGGUCUGCCACUGUAGGAAUACCAGCCACAGGAAGUGUAACAUUAGUGAGUAGUAACUUAGUCUCGGAACCAGGCUAUAGUGGCACUGCCACCUGUAAUGCCCCACCAUCUCAGGAAUACCCUCCUGCCUACAAUAGCACCUAUCUGUCCCCAGGAUACUGCCCUCAGCCCAGUGCAGCACUUCCACCUGCCCCUCUGCACACCUUGCAGCCAACACCUACUCUAGUGCCCAGCUACAGCACCAGCACUCCCGUCUACAACUACCCACCGGGUUGCUACCCCCAAGCCAGCCUUUCUUCUGGAUACAACCACCCCAGUGCCUCCUACCUGCCCUCAGGAAUUAGCGCUCCCACACCCCUGGCCCCUAGGCCUACCGUGGUCGGGGGUAGUUAUAGUUACCAGUGCCACAACCUUGGAGGGAGGUCUGAUGCAGGUGUGCCACUUAAACGCAAGGCCUUUGAGAUGACAGAGGAAGUACAGGAGGAGGUAGAAGCGGAGGGAUCGCACUACAAAAAGUUUGGCAAUGGUCCAGGAAGCAGUCAUAGCAAAGGUAACGGUAAUGGCCAGGCCAAUGGCUAUGAUGUUAGCGGCUCUGCCUCAGACCAGCAGGCCUACAAACCUGGAAAGCCCCUGAUAUCACCUACAUACAACGGAGCAGGGGACUAUAGCCCACCAUCAGGCCUUGCAGGGGAGAGCGUAACUGGGGAGCACAGCUUUUCUCAACAGCAAAGAAGGUCUGUGAAGAUACCUGCAUCUCACACACGAGCAAAGGACCCCACUGGUGGCCGCUAAUAAUCCCAGUCAACAUCAAGGAGGAGUAUCUAAAGACUUAGUCGUUCUGGAACAACAAUGAAUUGCUCUACGGAAGUGUAAUCUCUCUGGCAAACACAAGAGGGCACAAGACUUCUAUUUCUUGUGGAUGUUCAUCAUUUUUCAUUACUCAUAUUUUUCCAAAGAUUCACAGUGGUAUUUUGUCCACUUAGGUUGAGAUAAGUGUUAGGUAUUAGGUUGAGCUAUUCUCUGCAUAGACAGUCUAAAUCUAAGAGUGUCUCUUUCUCUCAGGACCUUAUAUAUUUCCUGUUGGCUACUCCUGGUGGUGUUGUUUAAGAAGUUGGUGUACUCAUCUGUGGCCAUUAUGUGUGUAAAAAGACCUUUGACUGCAAAGACGCUCUUUGGCACCACACCACAAGAUGACCAAAAAGAAAAGCAAGCAAUAACAAACAUAUUAGGAUUGCUGUGCUACUUUAGCAUAAUCACUGCUACACAGCUGAGUGCAAGGCUUGGUGUGUCAUUGGGCCUUGAGAGAUGAAUGUUUCCCUCUUGCUUAUUCUUUAUCUUUCUUUCCUAAUAGUUCUCUCUUUGUCUCCUCUUGCAUUUAAUUUUUUUUAUCUUGGAGACCUACCUUUUCGGCUCAACAAUUGUCAAUGCUGAUCAGCUUAAAUCUUUUCCUCUUUACACAUACAGUGCUGUGUCAAAAUAUUUAUCUUUCACAGAUUUCGUCUGGUUUUAUUUUUUUGUUACACGUCAGUGUUUUCAGGCCAAAUAAAUUCAAAGUAGUACAAAAAUCAGUUUUAAAAUGUUGACUUUUUUAUGAGUGGAAAAAGACCUUGGCAAACCAACCUGACCCUGUCUAAAAAUGCAAUCCCACCCCCCUACUCAAUGACUCAUUGUACGGUAAAUGGAAAAAAAACAAGAACUUUCAGGUAUUUACCAUAAUCAAGAAUGAGUUUUCUACAUCACUUUGGAUGCAUUUUUUUCCCUCUUGUAAGAUUUGCUUUAUAUUAGUUAUGCUGAAGGGCUUUAGAACCCAUACAGCUUAAGUCUGGACCUUAGUUAAGCCACCUUAAAAUCUUGUUUUUCGGGGGGCCUUUUAGAAAUGGACUUGCUUGUGUGCUUCUGAUCAUUGUCAAGCUGUAUAACCCAAGUGCACUUGAGCUUAAUGUUCCAACUUGAUAGCUGGACAUUCUUUGGGAUUUACUGCUUUAGAGCAGAAUUUAUUGUUCCAUCAAUUACAGCAUUACAGUUGGACCUGAAGCAGCAAAACAGCCCUAGACCAUCACACUACCACUACCAUGCUUGACUGCUAGUAUAAAGUUCUAGUUUUAUGCCAGAUUUAAUGGGAUGCUCACCUAUCAAAAGUUCAAUUUAUGUCUCCUCAGUGAACAGAAUAUUUUAUAACUCUUGGGGAUCACCAAAGUGUUGUUUUUGGACAGUGGUUGUUUUGGCAUUUGAACUGUUCCACAGUUCAGCCUUUUCUUAUGCUUGCCUCAUGCAUACUGACCUUAACUGGGUUAAGUGAGUCCUGCAAUUCUUUAAAUGUUGUUCUGGGUUCUUUUGUGACCUGCUGGAUGCAACGUUGAUGCACUUCGGUGUAGUUUUGCUAAGUUGGCAACUCCUGGCAAGGUUCAGUGUUUUCUCCUUUUGUUGAUAAAGGCUCACGCUGCAUUUUUCUGGAGGCCUUAGAAAUCAAACUCUUUCCAGAAUGAUGUCUAUGAAUUUGCUUUCUAUCUGUCCCUGAAUUUCUUUAGAUGCUAGCAUGAUGUGUUCCUUUUUGAUAUCUUUUAGCCUUCUUCAUGUUCUCAGACAGGUUCUUUUUAAUUGAUUUCUUAAUUGUACGGGUCUGACAGUAAUAAGGCCUGGGUGUGGCUUGUGAAAUUUACCUGAAAAAAAGGGAUAAUCACAGUUAAUUAAUGAUUUUGUCAAAGGGGAUAAAUAGAUUUUUACAUAGGGGCAGGUUGGUUUGGACAGCUUUCUUCCCUUAAUAAAUUAAAUCAUCAUUUAAAAAGUGAAUAUUGUAUUUUCUCAGGUUAUCUUUGUAUAUUUGAAUUUGUGUAAGAAAAAAACUAAAACAGAAGACAUAUGUAAGGGGGAGAUGUUUUUACAUAGCACUGUAUAAAAGCCUUCGGCAAUAUACAUGAAGUCACUCUUUAGGUUUAAAUCUGUUACCAAUCAUCCAAUAUUUUAUUUUCAUUUGAAUGUUUUUAGCAUUCAAGAAAUUGCAAGAUACAAAUAUCUACAGGUUAUCUUUCUAAGGGUGUAGUUACCAUGCACAUUUGUGCUAAACUCAAGAGCCAAUGAAUAAUAUCCAGUCAAGGCGCAAAACGCUGUUUAUUGUUUGGAUGCACAGCAUGUAGGUCCCAGUGCCUCAAACGUUUUGCCCAACAUUAUAGUCUUUAUGAAGAAUUGCCUGCUUAUCUGCUUUAAUUAACUUUUUUUGAUAUGCAAUCUCUUUAAUUAACCCUCUUAGAAGGAUGAUUUAUAGUCAUGUUAUUGAAAAACUCAGGAAGAAUAUUGUUACCUCAGAAUGAUAAAAGUAAGAAUGUAUGUUAUAACCUUAGGGUGUUGGUAGCGAGCUUUAUGGAGAAAGAAAAACAGAGCCAUGGCUAAAAACUUCAGGGAAACCAAAAACAUACAAUACCUUCAAUAAUAUAAAACCUCAGCAAAUUCACACAAUAGCACACAUAGGCAAAUGCAAUCCCCUCAGUUUUAUUGCUCUGGGAAACUUGAAGUUUUCUUACCAAGGCCCAAAAUGUUGAAUGUAAUUCAGAUAUUUUUUUUAAGGACAAUACAUGCCAUAAUGUACAUCAGUGAUGUUUUUAGAUAUAUAAAACAUAUUUUCUUUGUGUAUAGAUGUAAUUCUAUAGGUUUUGGUGGAAAAAAUGAAUGCCAUGUUAAGUGUUAGUGUAGUUAGUGUUAGGGAAAUGGUUUUAUGGACAAAGCACUCCUGGUUUAGAAAAGAUAACAUUCAUAUAUCAGUGUCUACAUCUUCUGCAAUUUGAAUGCUUGUUAAAUGUCUUAAUUAAAAAUCAGCAGUUCACUUUAAUAUUUUUUCAAACCUGAAUCAAAACCAUAUAAUGUAAAUAUGCGUGCACUGUCUUUGCGACUUUUAACUUCUUUUUUUCACCAAGAUGUUGCUCAAGGCGUUUGUUAGUGUCCUGCCCUUAAAGGGCGGGAUGAUACUUUGUUUUCUCCUCAAACACUCAACCAAACUUCAAAAUAUAUGAGCGUGCAGAAAUUUAAUUUUUUCAAACUAAGCGUGCUCAGAAUGUGGUAAAAUGUCACAAAGCUUCAUAAUAUCUUUAAGAAAAUGAAAUAUAGAUGUUAAGGAUAGACAAAAGCAACUUGACUAGACUUUGUAAAUUUCAAGCGAAGCGCUUAGCUAAAAGAAAUAUAUGCUCCUCAGUGCCACACAAAGAGCCUAUUUUAUGGUGAAAUAUGCUCAACAGCAAAUAUUUUACAUUUUUGCUGUUUCUCUGAAGCAGCGAAGGAUGUGGGAUAAAUCUGAACUUCUACGUUGUCUUUGUAACUCACUCUCAUUGUUUCUUGUACAUUCUCCUUAACCGUUUCUACCUCAUUUUGAAGACAUUGUACAUGGAAAUAUUUAUUUCAUGUCAUUUUCAGAUGCCAGCUUAAAGAGCAAUGUUUUUUACUGUUGACCUGUUUUAAGUCUACCUCACUAAAGACUCUUCUGUCAUGUCCUGUCAAAUGAAAAUAUACAGAAAAUAAAAUCAUGCUUGACUUUG